AUGAGGAUGGAUCCAGACACCAGGACCUACAGUUCGGGGCUAUUUGCUGCGGUCUCCUGGCGCUCCGUGGCCCGCUUUGGCACGCUGCUGUUGCUGUGGGGCUGGGCAGGGGGUCCCGGCUCGGCUCUGACACUCAAGACCAGCGCCUCGAAGCUGGAAGCCGAUUCCAAGCUGCCCAUCAUGGGGCUGAUGCCCAUCAACAAGACGCUGGCGGUGGAGAGCAUAGCAGAGGGCAUCCUACCCGCAGUCCAACUGGCCACAGAACAUGUCCGCGACAAAUUCCUACCCAACACCAGCAAACUGGUCCUGGAGUGGUACGAGACUGAGUGUGAUAAUGCUAAAGGACUCAAAGCCUUCUUUGAUGGCAUCAAGUAUGGACCUAAGCACCUGAUGAUAUUUGGAGGAGUUUGUCCAUCUGUUACAUCCAUCAUCGCUGAAUCCCUUAAAGAAUGGAACUUGGUCCAGCUUUCCUUCGCUGCCACCACACCCGUCCUUGCUGAUAAGAAAAAAUAUCCUUAUUUCUUCCGGACUGUGCCGUCAGAUAAUGCUGUCAAUCCUGCGGUUGUCAAGUUCCUGAAAAGCUUUCAAUGGCGUAGGGCGGGGACCCUAACCCAGGAUGUCCAGCGCUUUUCAGAGGUGAGGAACGAUCUGACAAAUGAACUGGAGAAAGCAGAUAUUCAGAUUGCAGACACCGAGAGUUUUUCUAAUGAUCCCUGCCCGAGCGUCAAAAAGCUUAAGGAUAAUGAUGUCCGAAUUAUUCUUGGCCAGUUUGAUGAACAUAUGGCAGCGAAGGUAUUUUGCUGUGCCUAUAAUCUGAAUGUGUAUGGAAUUAAAUACCAGUGGAUCAUCCCUGGCUGGUAUCAGCUCAACUGGUGGAAACUGACCACUUCCAAUAACUGCACGGUGAAACACCUCCUGACUGCCAUGGAGGGAUAUGUAGCUGUGGAUUUUGAGCCGCUCAGUACUAAAAACAUCAGGACAAUAUCUGGGCUGACACCUCAAGAGUAUGAACGAGAGUACAAUAAGAUGAGGGGCAGUGCUGAAUACAGCAAAUUUCAUGGUUUUGCAUAUGAUGGAAUCUGGGUGAUCGCCACAACAUUACAGAGAGCCAUGGAUAGCUUGAGGCGGCACAGUCAUCCACGGAUAAUCCGGAACUUUAACUAUGUCAAUGCGGACCUUGGCCAAAUCUUUCUGGAUUCCAUGAACGAAACCAACUUCUUUGGUGUCACUGGGCAGGUUGUGUUCAGGAAUGGAGAGCGCAUGGGGACCAUCAAAUUCUCGCAGUUCCAAGAUAAAGUCGAAGUGAAAGUUGGAGAAUAUAAUGCUAUCGCUGACUCAUUGGAGCUAAUUAAUGAUACCCUCAGGUUUCAAGGUUUGGAGCCUCCGAAAGACAGGACGAUAGUACACCGUCAGCUGCGUCAGAUGUCCGUCACCCUGUACAGUAUUCUUUCCGCUCUGACCGUCUUGGGAAUGUUCAUGUCCAGUGCUUUUCUCUUCUUCAACAUUAAAAAUAGAAACCAUAAGUUGAUCAAGAUGUCCAGUCCCUACAUGAACAACCUUAUUAUCCUGGGAGGGAUGCUUUCUUAUGCAUCCAUCUUCCUUUUUGGCCUUGAUGGAUCAUUUGUAAAGCCUAACACAUUUGAGACUCUGUGUACAGUUAGAACCUGGAUCCUUACAGUUGGCUACACAACAGCAUUUGGAGCAAUGUUUGCAAAGACAUGGAGAGUCCACGCCAUAUUCAAAAACGUGAAAAUGAAGAAGAAGAUCAUCAAGGACCAGAAGUUGAUGAUCAUUGUGGGUGGCAUGCUGCUCAUCGAUCUCUGCAUCCUCAUUUGCUGGCAGGUGGUGGAUCCCCUGAAGAGGACUGAGGAGGAAUACCCCCUGGAGCCAGACCCCGGUGACAGAGAUUUUGCAAUCCGUCCAUUCCUGGAACACUGUGAGAAUACCAACAUGUCCAUUUGGCUAGGCAUCGUCUAUGCCUACAAAGGCCUUCUUAUGUUAUUUGGAUGUUUCCUCGCUUGGGAGACUCGGAAUGUCAGCAUCCCUGCGCUGAAUGACAGCAAGUACAUUGGGAUGAGUGUUUAUAAUGUGGGAAUCAUGUGCAUUAUAGGAGCUGCAGUUUCUUUCCUUACACGGGACCAGCCGAAUGUCCAGUUCUGUAUUGUGGCUCUGGUCAUCAUUUUCUGCAGUACCAUCACUCUCUGCCUGGUCUUUGUGCCAAAGCUGAUUACACUAAGAACAAACCCAGAUGCAGCCACUCAGAACCGAAGACUGCAAUUCACACAGAAUCAGAAAAAAGAAGAUUCAAAGACAUCAACCUCGGUAACAAGUGUGAACCAGGCAAAUACAUCUCGAUUUGAGGGACUUCAAACCGAUAACCAUCGUCUGCGGAUGAAGAUCACAGAGCUUGACAAAGAGCUUGAAGAGGUUACAAUGCAGCUACAAGAUACACCGGAAAAGAGCCAGUACAUUAAACAAAACCACAUGCAGGAGCUCAACAACAUCCUGAGUACACGCAAUUUCACAGAUGGAAAAGACAGCGAGAAGCCUCUCUUGAAAAACCACCAUGAUCAGCGGUCACAGGCACCAUGGGGCACCACAUUGGAGACUUCCAGAACAAACAAAGAUGUCAUAGAAGACAUCAACUCUCCAGAACAUAUACAACGCAGACUGUCUUUGCAGCUACCCAUUCUUCAUCAUGCCUACUUGCCAUCGAUAGGUGGAGUCGAUGCAAGUUGUGCCAGUCCGUGUGUUAGUCCCAAUGCCAGCCCUCGGCACAGACAUGUCCAGCCGUCAUUUCGAGUCAUGGUUUCCGGGCUGUAAAGAAAAGGCUUGCAGCCUGAACUGAUGAGUACUCAGCAUUUGGACUGUGUACCCCACCUAGUUCUCUGCUACGUACACGAUGCACGCUCUCCAUACCACAGAGGAAUAGGCAUUUGAAACAGACACAACUGGGUUCCUGAGCCAGCUUGUGUGGUCUGAGAGAGAUGCCCUGAAUCUGACCUGUAGCCUUAUCUGUGAAGUUUUUGUUUCUGCAUAAACUGGAUGUAUGUUUCCUUCCCAGAAAGAGUGAUGGGUUUUCUUAAGGAAGCAGGGACUGUCGUUUUAUCGAAACUGCACAGUUUAUUUUACAUGCCACAAUCAAUAGAGGGAGACAAAAUGUGAGUUGCUAUGCAAAAUCUAAUGUAUAAAUGCAGGUUCACAACCAACAUAGAAACUAAAAUUUAAAUUUUGGCGUAGAAGCAAAUAUUGUCACCAUUUCUGCACCGGCACACGCACCAAAUGUAUUCUCUAAUAGACCAAUAAGCAAAAUGUUGUAGUGGAGAAUGGAGUUCUGUAAUAAAUAUAUGUAACAUGGGAGUGCGGAUCUUCUAUGGAAACAUAUAAUUUGGUCAGAAAGACAUAUACAAAUAAGUCACUGGGGUCUUUUGAACAUGACACCUGAGCAGUAUAUAGAUUAAUAUAGAAGUGAACUAAUUGUCAGCUUUGAUCAAAGGUGAUUUGUGUCACCUGAAAGUGUUCUGCUUGUGUUCACACUUGUCUACCUUUUGUGCUACACUCUAUCAUUUGCUGGUGUGAGGCAUUGAUGACUUCAAGUUCUGGUACGCAUUCUUAGUGUUAAAGCCUGGCAUUGCCUUGUGGUUAAACUAAAUAAUGGUCCUCAAUGGUAACUGUGUCAAUGUGGUCACAGACAUAGUUUGGAAGUAACAGAAGAAGUGGACAAUCAAUAAUGAACUUUGUUACUCUGUGUUCUGUUUUUUGUUCACUACUUAAAUUUAUCAAGCUUGGAUUCUCCCAUUGUAUAUACACACCAUCAGGGUUAGUAUAUUUACCAGCAAGCGGAGAAUAACCCUCAUUAAGUCUACCUCUGUCUCCCUCAGUAUAUUCAUUCAUGAUUACCUUGGUUAACAUAUACCAUGACAGCUUGAAGAGCAAUUCACUGUUCACACUGAUUAAGUAUAGGAACAGAAGAGGACAUUCAGCUCACUGAAGAGAUCAUUCAGCCUAUUGAGCCUGUUCUGCCACAUUAAUAGAUCAUGGUAGAUCUUUUUAUUCUACUUCCUGCUUUUCUCCCUCAAUACCCUUCUAAAUAUCAAUCCAUUUUCCUUUUAAACAUCCUAAUGGGUUCUGCAUACUACCUUCUGGGCAGUGCAUUCCACAUUCUCAUCAAUGAAAUGAGUGACGUAGGCAGACAUGGGCAGAUAUUAUUAUCUGCUAAUCUAACAGGUUGGAAGCUGUAACACCACCCCCCGCCACACACACACACACACACACACACACAAGCUAAUUGGAUUUCUUUAAAUCCAAAGGUAUGAUAUGGGAAAUUCAAGUGUAGGCUGUGAGCUACAGUACAAUUGUUAAUACAAUUAACAGGUGUCAACAGAAGUGAUAAGAAGCAUUUGAAUAUUGAAGUAAUAUUUAUUGCUACUGACUUAAUAUUUGUAUAUAACGUAAAUUGACAUUUUGAUCACGUCCAAAACCCCCAGUGAAGUGCAGGUAUACACUUUCCUGAGAGACAAUUUCACAUUUCAGUCAAGGUAGUAAAAUCCUAUGUUCAUUUGUUCCAAAAGAGCAUGCUCAGUGCAUUGAUUCACCGGUCAUAAUAAGCUUCCAAGUACCGUUGUGAAGACAUGUUUUGUGGUAUCCUGAAUGGUGACCUUGGCUGUUAAUGUAUUUCCCUGCCUCCUUAAUUCAACUUUAACCAGGUUUAUUUCUGAAGACACCAGAUCAUACGGAAGGAGGACUGAAUACUGUAUAUAAUGUAUACACACGUUCUCUGUAGAAAUAUUAUUCUAACAUAGCAGGAAAACAAACAAAAAGUAUUGACUGUUGGAGGUGAGCGUGUGUGUGUCUGUGACUGUCUGUGAAUACUGACUGUGUGCAGUUUAUUAGGUUUAAACCAUGCAGUACAUUUCUCUGUCUUAAUGAUACAGUAGUUAUUUCCCAUAAGGAAAUAUUUUUAUUUCCUGCAAAUAUCAAAGACCCACAAAGUAAUAUAGUUAUUUAAUGUUUCUGUUCUUUUAUACAGCAGCAAAAAAAAGGGUAAACUUAUGAGGAGGCUGUGCCCUGACGGCAUUUUCCAAAUCAUAUUAGUGCACAAAUGCUUUAAACUAUACUGGAACUGCCAGGAUAAACUGUAAAUGAACAGAAGGUUUCUUGUACCCUUAUACUGCAUGAAUUUUUAAUAAAUUGUUGCAAAUCUGUUUUUAUGAAUAA